AUGGUAUCGCGUCUGACUACGAGUGGUAUUGAUCAGGAGAUUGCAGGUUCGAGCCCUGCGGUGGGGCGCAACUUUUGUAGAUCAUAUCCUGAUAUUAAUUGGCCGCCUGGCGAAAUGGUAUCGCGUCUGACUACGAUCUGUACCAAUCAGGAGAUUGCAGAUACUUUUGAACCGCCCCUGCCCCCAGUAUGGAUUUCCCGCCCCGCAUCAUUGUACACUCAUGUGCAGCGCGCCACUAUGUCUGAAAACGAAGUUGAUGCUCUUGCGAGCGCGAUAUUUGACACGAUGCUCGAGGACAUGGUUCUUGGGAUAGCGCUUGAUGAGCAUAAAGCGGGAAUGAGAACUAGGGCGGUGUGUGCUAUUUGCCAUAUGAGGUGUAGACUCGAAGAACACAUCAAUCAGCGCACAAAUACUGGACUUCCCGGAACACCCAACUCGGGGAACACUCUUAUCAAUGGUGAUGCAAAUGGCGGGGCCAAUAGUAAUGGUAGCAAUGCGAGCGGCGCUAAAGGGGAGCCGGUACCAAUGGCAGACUGCAUCAAAUGCAAACGGACGAUUGUGUCGACGAGAUAUGCGUCGCACCUUGCGACUUGCAUGGGACUUGGAAAUGCACGACGUGCCGGUCCCCGAAACGCUGCUAGUAAAGCACGCGCCAGUACAGAGUCGGGUCCUGCCACACCAACACAACGCUCCGGAAGUGUCAACAGCGAAGAUGUGCCGCCCCCAGUACCCGCGACGAAACCAAAGCCCUCCAAGAAGAAAAAGAAGCCAGAGCCAUCAGCAUCUGACACCACGAACGAGAACAACAAGCGUGAAGGGGCUCUACCAGCCAAAACGGCCAAAUCGAAGAAGCAGAAAGUUGGAAAGGGUGUAAACAAAGCUGCGAAUGGGAAACCACUGGCGUUUCAGCCUAGCCUCUGUUGCCUCUCCCUCCCGGAAAGCCGUCGUCCACAGUGUCUCGCGUACCUUCUAAGCUCCAAAAUUCUCAACACCUAUAUCACCUUCAAACUCGAGCACAACGACGCCGACUCAUACACCAAAGAUCCCCCGGCAGCAGUACCUUCCUCUAACGGUACCGCCGUGCCUCCUAGAGUAGUUCGGGGAACGGGCCCCCCUCGGCCCUUGCUGGGGCGUGGGCCAUCCAUACCAAGGACAGUUGGAGCUGCAGCUGAAAAACCUCACCCUCCGCCUCCAACCCGCCAAUCGAGUGGCCGCACUGAUGCAGAUGGGGAUGACGACCUUGUUGAUACCGCUUCGGAUUCAUCGGAUGAUACUUAA